AAGGGGCUCUGAAUCAAGUACAUCAUCAGUAGUUAGAAGAAUGGAAAAACAUAGUAUCCAAUCUCAAGAUUUGCCAAAAAUUAUAGAAGAAGAUAUGUCAGAUGUAGAUGAUAAUGAAGAUGGUGAAGGUAAUCGUCCAACAGAUCAAAGCAUUAUCCCUUUAGAAAAAGAAUCCCGUAAAAGACCUAGUAAAGAUAUCCUAAAAAUAAAUUAUCUAGUAAGAAAGUAA